CAUUUGAAGCAUCGAGUGGGCAAGUUCCAGAAUCUGGUCAACAGCAACCAUCGCCACGAUGAGGAGCACGAACAGAAGACUGAUGCCAAGCGCACUCGAAUCGGAGAGUCGCAUCGUUUCCAGUCCUUUGCUCCGGAGCGCAAUGGCAACAACAUCAAGUGGUAUGUCGACGGCCGGGACUACUUCUGGGCUGUUUCCGUCGCACUGGAGAGAGCCAAGGAGACCAUCUACAUUGAAGACUGGUGGCUCAGUCCGGAGCUGUUUUUAAGGAGGCCGCCAGCUGAGAACCAACACUGGCGUCUCGACAACAUCCUCAAACGUGCCGCGGAGCGUGGCGUCAAGAUUUAUGUUGUUGUAUACAGAGAGGUCGAACAGGCUUUGACCUGCAACUCGCAACACACCAAGCAUGCGCUACAUUCGCUCUGUCCAGAAGGUACGCCGGGUGCUGGCAACAUCAAGGUGAUGCGCCAUCCCGACCACAAUGUCCUCGAAAACGCCUCGGACAUGACGUUUUACUGGGCUCAUCAUGAGAAGUUCAUCGUGAUUGAUUACGACAUGGCUUUCAUAGGUGGACUGGAUCUUUGCUUUGGUCGCUGGGAUAAUCGACAGCAUCCUCUCGCAGAUGCUCAUCCUGCUGGGGUAGCUAAGGAAGUGUUCCCAGGACAGGACUUCAACAACAAUCGAAUCAUGGAUUUCCAGAGUGUCCAGGACUGGAAGAGCAACGAGGUCUCCAAAGCUGAUUAUGGACGCAUGCCGUGGCACGAUGUCGCAAUGGGUGUUAUCGGACCUUGCAUCUAUGAUAUUGCGGAGCACUUCGUCCUGAGGUGGAACUUCUGCAAGCGUGACAAGUACAAGAGAGAUGAUAGAUAUGACUGGCUCACUCUCACGGGUCGCACUGGUGAUGAUGAGGAUCUCAUUGGCGUUCAGAGACCCAAACAUCCUGUCGGAGAUUACCAAAAGGGUUACCCGUCGACUGAAGUGGACAAAGGCCAUAUCGUUGUCGAUGGCCCAGUUCAUGCUCAGCUUGUGCGUUCCUCGGCGGAUUGGUCUUCCGGAAUCCUGACCGAGCAGAGCAUCCAAAACGCCUACUGCCAAGUCAUUCGAGAUGCGAAGCAUUUCGUGUACAUUGAGAACCAGUUCUUCAUCACCGCAACGGGCGAGGACCAAACACCCAUUCACAACCAAAUUGGCGCGGCCAUCGUCGAUGCUUGUGUAAAGGCUGCGAAAGAGGAUCGCAAAUUUCGCGUGAUCAUCAUGAUGCCUGCUAUUCCUGGCUUCGCGGGAGACCUUCGCGACAACGCUGCAGCGGGCACCAGAGCUAUCAUGGACUAUCAAUACAAGUCAAUUAGCCGUGGUGAUCACAGCAUAUACGGGAGAAUCAAGGCAGCAGGUUUUGAUCCCACGAAGUACAUAUUCGUGUUCAACUUGCGGUCUUACGAUCGCUUGAACAAGACACCUGCUCUCCAACGUCAAGAAGAGAAGAGUGGCAUCAACUACCAAGAGGUACAGCGUGCUCAGGCUGAAGAGGUCAUGUCUGACGCUGUCCACGGGAGUGAGGCUCACGAAGGUGGCGCCAGUGCCGGCAACCCGAACGAAGAUCCCAAAGUCCUGGCUGAGAAGAAGGAGAAGUUCGAGGCAGAACGAGAGUACGAGCAGGAGGGCGAGCAUAGCAAUGACUCGAUUGCGCACAACGCUAUGUUGAACGGCAAGAAGCCGAGUGAAGAGCCAUAUGUCGGUCGUGACGAGAACGGCAAGAGGAACUUCGUGCAGGAGGAGCUAUACAUCCACGGCAAGCUCCUGAUCGUGGACGACCGCAUUGCUAUUUGUGGCUCCAGCAACAUCAACGACCGAUCUCAGCUCGGCUACCACGACUCCGAGCUCGCCAUCGUCAUGGAGGAUACUACCCCUCUCGAGUCAAAGAUGAACGGUCAAGAGUACCGCGCUGGUCUCCACGCCGCCUCUCUCCGCCGCAUGUUGUGGCGAGAGCAUCUCGGUCUUCUUCCAGCGCAGGAAUUGGAUGCAACCAACGAUCCGAAUGCUCAGCCACCAGGCGACGGCGACAACGAAUGGCACGCCGGCGACGAGUGGGACAAAUUCGUCGAAGAUCCGCUCGACGACGAGCUGUGGAAAUUCUGGACCAAGCGCGCGACGAUCAACACCGCCGUCUUCCGCCACUUGUUCCACGCCGAUCCUGAUGACAACGUCAAGACCUUUGAGGACUACGAUAAGUUCUUGGGCGCCAAGGGGUCGAGGAAGGCGGGCCAUAUCUAUGAUCUGUUCCAGCCAGUGGAUGUCGCGAGGCAGGAGCUCGACAAGAUCAAGGGGCAUGUUGUGUGGAUGCCCUUGAAGUUCUUGCAGGAUGCGCCCAUGGCGGAGAAAGGAGUGGCCGUGAACUCGAUCACGGAGAGUAUUUAUACUUAA